GUGUCAAUUGAUUAAGUGUUUGUUACAAAACAAUAAUCUAGCUCUGUUUUAUCACCCGAUCUCACAACAAGGACUCGUAUUUAAUCAUAGAUCAAUUAGUCAAAUCCACAAUGUCUGACCUUUGUCCUGUGUACGCUCCAUUCUUUGGAUCCAUCGGCUGCGCUGCUGCUAUCAUCUUCACCUGUUUCGGUGCCUCCUACGGUACUGCCAAAUCCGGUGUUGGUAUCUGUGCCACCUGUGUUUUGAGACCAGACCUUUUGAUCAAAAAUACGGUCCCAGUCAUUAUGGCGGGUAUCAUUGCCAUUUACGGACUGGUGGUGUCGGUCUUGAUUUCCUCGUCAUUGAAACAACAACAGGCCCUUUACACUGGUUUCAUCCAACUGGGUGCUGGUCUCUCUGUCGGCCUCUCUGGUUUGGCCGCUGGCUUUGCCAUUGGUAUUGUUGGUGACGCUGGUGUCAGAGGUAACGCUCAACAACCAAGAUUGUUUGUGGGUAUGAUCCUGAUUUUGAUUUUCGCCGAAGUCUUGGGUCUGUACGGUCUGAUUGUCGCCCUUCUGCUCAACUCUAGGGCUACUCAGGAUGUCGUUUGUUAAGCCCUUCUUCUCCCCGUGUCAUCUCAAAAUUCCACAUAAAAUAGGGAAUAAAUAAAUCUAG